AUGGCUCUGCGCCUCCUCCUGCCCCUGCUCCUGCUGGCUGUCACCCUCCCCAACACCCAGGCUCAAGGCAUCGGCAGCUCGGCUCCGGACUGCUGUCUGAAGCACAGCCAGAAAGCCAUCCCCAGCAACUGGGUGAAGUCCUACAGCCUCCAGGACUCCAAGUCGGGAUGUUUUCUGAGUGCUGUUGUGUUUACCACCAAGAGGAACAAGAAAAUCUGCGCCUCUCCCACCGACCCUGCUGUCCAGAAGCUGAUGCAGAGCCUGGACAAGAAGGUCAAGAAGAAGGGACCGUCCCCGCGUCCCCGGGGCAGAUCCAAGCGACAGAAGCGGCAGAUGGACGCCUUCCCCACUGAUGACCGACCCACCGCCCGGCAAUGGACAUCCACGGACCACCCACCCACCCGCCGGCCCCGGGGUCUGUCCACAGCUCCGUCACUUGGAGGUGGAAAGCAGAGCAUCGCAAGGGACCAUGGGGAGGACACAGGAGAGCCCAUGGGCCGGUAA